AUGGCUGACCGCGACAUCGCAUCGAUAGAUACGAGUGAAUUCAGAGGAUUCGAGGUGACAUCACUCAUAUUCAACGGGAUAUACCUGUAUGACUUCCUAUGUUUCAUGCCGUUCGAUUGGAGCCUGGUGCUUCGCCAGAAGGAAGGUCAAGGCAGCUCACUCUUAGCCAAGAGUGUAAAGGCGAUCUAUCUCUGCUGUCGUUGUCUCUUGCUACUUUCAUCAGUCACGGAAGUCUUCAUACUCUUCCGCGCGUCCCAUGGGUCAUUGCCCUGUCAAGUUUUGAUGAGACUCACAACUGGUACCGCGUGCCUUGCCGCCACGUUCUCUUCUGCACUGAUCGGCGUUCGCGCGAUGGUAGUAUGGAGCUGGGAUGCGCGCGUAGCAACGCUGAUCGUCCUCAUCCUGGUAUUAGGCGCAGCAACGAACAUACGCAUCUUCCUGGUCUUGUCGUCCUCGUAUAAUCCCAUCCUCAAGAUCUGUGAUAUGGAGCUUAUGUACACCAACCUACCCAACAUCCUCGCGCUCCUCGUAUGCGACUACACCAUCCUCAUAUGCCUUUUGACUGGGCUAUAUCGUUGGCAUACGCCCGGCAGAGGUGUGAGAGCUUUCAGGCUGUGGUCUGUACUGUGGAGCCAGGGAGUGAUCUACUUAACACUCGCGUCGGUUCUUGAGAUUCCGGCCGUGGUACUUCUAUUUUUCAAUCUCAACCCGGUCAUGGAUACGAUGCUCUUGCGGCCGAUGGUUAUCAUACUAGUUAUCGUUACGACGCAUUUCUACCGAUCCUUGAGCAAGUUCACGCCAAAUCAUACCCAUGAUAGCUUUACGGAAAGGAUUCGAUUCGCGACCGUCGAUGUCGGGGUAAGAUUCGUAGCAGAGGAGGGGGCUUCUGAGCUCUGUGCGUAG